AUGCGUACCAGCCUUGCUCUGCUUGCUGGUCUGGCCGGCUCGGCCCUCGCCCUCCCUGCUACUUCUAGCACCCAGCUCGACACCCGCACCUUCGGCCUCAUCAACGGCAUCCUUCACACCAUCGAGAGCAUUCUCUCCGGCGUGAGCCCAAUCCACCUCCUCGGCAACAUCAGUGCUGAGGCUGCCGUGGCUCUUCAAGGUGGUGCUCUUGGUUGCGCGGCUGGUUCCGUCGACCUUCACUACCGCAAGAAGCUUGCCAUCUGGCUUAGGGCUGGCGCUGGUCUCCACCUCGAGGCCUCCCUCAGGAAGGCUCUUCUGGCUUGGUGUGAGGCUGACGUUUCUGUUGACCUCGAGAUCGACGUCGACCUCCGUGCUCAGCUCGCCUUCUUCAUCCCCGCCCUUUCUCACAUUGCUGCCGAGGCCGACCUCUACGUUACCCUGGAGGGUGUCUUCGAGGUCGCUACCGACGCUCUCGCUGUCCUUAGUGCCACCGCCCAGGCGGCUCUCGAAGCCCACCUCGCUCUCCUCGGCACUCUUGACUGGAAGAUCAAGGCCGGUCUCGAAUUCUGUGCUGCCGGUGGUAUCGUCGGCGACCUUGACGUUGAGAUCAUCAACGCCCUCAAGGUCUGGCUCAACGGCUCCGAGUGCGGUCUUUCCGUUAGCCUCAAGAAGACCCUCCUUCUCUGGAUUGAGGGCAAGAUUGGCGGCGAUGUUGUCGCCAUUGGCAACCUUCCCACUGGUGGUGUUGCCACCAUUGGUGUCGGUGCCUCUCUCCAGGCCCUCAUUGGAGAGACCGGUGCUCUUGUCGCCGGUGCCCAAGCUUCUCUCUCUGCUUUCCUUGAGACCAAGGUCGGCCUCGAGAUUGACGUUACUAUCCUGAACAUUCUCAAGCUCAUCGCCAAGGGUGGUCUUGCUGUUGACAUCGAGCUUGCCGACCGUGUUGAGCUCUCUCUCUGGCUCGGCAGCAGCUCGUGCUCGCUCACUGCUGAGCUCAAGGGUCUCCUUGCCUUCUGGCUCUCCUUCGGUGUCACUGCUGAGACCGACCUCUCCGUCAGCGUUCACACCAACAUUGUUACCGAGCUCACUGGUUUCCUCACCGGCACCAUUGACACCCUGCUCGGCACCCACAUCCACGGUCUUCUCUCUUUCAUCCUCGGCGGUGAGGGUGUCCUCUCGCUCUCUCUUGAGGCUCGUGCUCAGCUCGCUGCCCUCAUCGGUGGUGGUGUCGGCAUCGAGAUCGACGAGUCUAUCCAGCUCAUCAUCAUCGGCUGGCUCACUGGUUGCCAGAAGUGCUGCGGCGGUUCCCAGGUCACCCACGGUCCUAGCUCCCCCAGCAGCACUCCCGCUCUCCCCGCUUCCGAGACCCCCUCCGUCCCUGCUGGAACUCCCGCCGUCCCUACUGGUGCUCAGCCCACCGAGACUCCUUCCGUCCCCGCUGGAACCCCCGGUGUUCCCACUGAUGCUCAGCCCUCUGAGACUCCCUCCGUCCCCGCUGGAACCCCCGGUGUUCCCACUGAUGCCCAGCCCUCCGAGACUCCCUCCGUCCCUACUGGUACUCCCGCUGUCCCCACUGACGUCUCCCCCACCGACACUGAGACUCCUGCCUCUCCUGAGGAGACUCCUUGCGACACCCUCACCUCCGAGAGCGUGACCUCUUACACUGUUUCUACUCCUGGUGUUCCCACUGACGCUCAGCCCACUGAGACCCCUGCCGCCCCUACUGAGACUCCUUCCGUUCCUGAGGUUCCCGCCGAGACUCCUGCUGGCCCUACUGAGACCCCCGCUGCUCCCACUGAGACCCCUGAGGUUCCUGCCGAGUCCACCGAGACUCCCUGCGACACCCUGACCUCUGAGAGCGUGACCUCCUACACCGUCUCUACCCCUGGUGUUCCCACCGACGUUCAGCCCACCGAGACUCCUGCUGUUCCUACCGAGACUCCCUCCGUUCCUGAGGUCCCUGCUGAGACCCCUGCUGGUCCUACCGAGACUCCUGCCGUUCCCGAGGUCCCUGCUGAGACUCCCGCUGGCCCUACCGAGACUUCUGAUGUUCCCGCCGAAUCUGAGACUCCUUGUGACACCCUCACCUCUGAAAGCGUGACUUCCUACACUGUCUCCGAGACUGCCUCUGUUCCUGCUGGCACUGAGACUCCUGCUGCUCCCACUGACGUCUCCCCCACCGACUCCGAGACCCCUGCUGUCCCUGCCCAGCCUACUGAGACCCCUGCUGUUCCCACCGAGGCUCAGCCCAGCGAGACCCCUUGCGACACCCUUACCUCCGAGAGCGUGACUUCCUACACUGUCUCUGAGACCGCCUCCGUUCCCGCUGGUACUGAGACCCCCGCUGCUCCCACUGACGUCUCCCCCACCGACUCCGAGACCCCUGCUGUUCCCACUGAGGCUCAGCCCAGCGAGACCCCUUGCGACACCCUUACCACUGACAGCGUGACCUCCUACACUGUCUCUGAGACUGCCUCCGUUCCCGCUGGCACCGAGACCGCCGCUGUCCCCACUGAUGUCUCCCCCACCGAGACCGCUGCCGUCCCUAGCCAGGCCCAGCCCACCACCAUCUCAUGGGACACCACCAUCUACCAGACCUUCUCUACCAGCCUCCCCGGCGUGACUGGCACCUGGUCCACUGACAUCACCGAGACCUACUCUACCCAGUACAGCACCGUCUUCCCUGUCCCCACCGGUGGCGCUACCUGCGAGGGCUGCGCCGGCGUCAAGACCGUCACUGUUACCAAGACCGUUGGCAUCGAGGCCUGCCCUACCGACGCUUAA